UUCUCAGUUUCUUCCUAGGAAGAGAGGAAGGUCAGCAAGAUCCCACUGGCCUGGCUGGAAGUGUCAGAUUUCAAACUGAGCCUUAGCCACUCAGAGAGCAGUGCGAUGCUGGGGACCUGCCUCAGACUCCUGGUGGGUGCUCUGUGUAGUGUCUGCAGCCUGGGCACUGUUGGAGCCUAUCCUGACACCUCCCCACUGCUGGGCUCUAACUGGGGCAGCCUGACCCACCUGUACACAGCUACAGCCAGGAACAGCUAUCACCUACAGAUCCACAAGGAUGGCCAUGUAGAUGGCACACCCCAUCAGACCAUUUACAGUGCCCUGAUGAUUAGAUCGGAGGAUGCUGGCUUCGUGAUCAUAACAGGAGCCGUGACUAGAAGGUUCCUUUGCAUGGAUCUCAGAGGCAACAUUUUUGGAUCGCAUCACUUCAGCCCUGAGAACUGCAGGUUCCGCCAGCGGACUCUGGAGAACGGCUAUGACGUCUACCUGUCGCCCCAGCAUCACUACCUGGUGAGCCUGGGCCGCGCCAAGCGCCCCUUUGAGCCUGGCACCAACCCGCCGCCCUUCUCGCAGUUCCUGGCGCGCAGGAACGAGGUGCCGCUGUUGCGCUUUCACACCGCGCGGCCACGGCGCCACACGCGCAGCGCCGAGGACCCUCCCGAGUGGGACCCGCUGAACGUGCUCAAGCCGCGGCCCCGUGCCACGCCCGUGCCUGUAUCCUGCUCGCGGGAGCUUCCGAGCGCCGAGGAAGGCGGCCCAGCUGCCAGUGACCCACUAGGCGUCCUGCGCAGAGGCCGCGGGGAUGCUCGCGGGGGCGCAGGAGGCAUGGACCGGUGCCGCCCCUUUCCUAGGUUCGCUUAGGCCACCAGCCCAGGCGGUCUCAGCUUCCAUCCUCCAGUCA